GUUACGACUCUGUUUCAAAUUGAUGAGUGAAAUGUCGCGGUAUUGUUUGCUUUGUGAUGAAUAAAAUGUCUCGAGAGAGUCAACACGGCAAAUGGACUCUGUCCAGCAGCGACGACGAGGAUGAAGAUCCAUCUGCUCAAACCACGUCCGAAACACGGUACGAGCCUGAGCCUCUGCCCUCGGACGGAAACCCCGGUAAAGGUCUCCGUCCGCUUGGGGUGAGACCGGACCCUGAGGCUUCGCCUAACCCCGUCACGCAGAGAGAAGUGUCCCGAGAACGUGUGGAAAAGACACGUGGCGUUGGCGUUGGCGCUGGAUCCGGAUCGGACCCCAGGCAAGCAGCCCGCUCUAACCAGGUGAACCGCGAGAAGUUUGGUGCUGGAGUGACGACCUCUUCAGCAAAGCGAAAGAAGGAAUCGGAGGACACCGGCUGGGCUUUAUCAAGCAGCGACGAUGACUGUGAAAACUCCAGCUUCGCGGACCACCGCAAAGCUAGGAACCCCAGCCCUAAGAGGACGAAGCCGGAACGCGCGCGGCCAGCGAGCCCACACGGGGCCUCGUACUACAAAGAGGAGCCUGCGGACGUCUUCGACGCCGGUUUUCUCCCGGCUGACGGCGCAUUUCGCUUUUACCUGAACAGAGUCACUGGUAUUGAGAAGAAGUUCAACACUGGAGCUUUGCACAUUAAAGAAAUCCUUUCUCCCAUGCUUGGAACAUUGAAAGAAUCUGUGCAGUUUAACUACUGCUUCGAUAUAAGUUGGAUGGUACAGCAAUAUCCACCAGAGUUCAGGGACAAGCCUGUGAUGAUAGUUCAUGGCGAGAAGCGGGAAUCCAAGGCCAGGCUGAUCCAGCAGGCUCAGCCUUACACACACAUCCGCUUCUGCCAGGCCAAAUUGGAUAUUGCAUUUGGAACCCAUCACACGAAGAUGAUGCUGCUGUGGUAUGAAGAAGGCUUCAGAGUCGUAAUCCUGACAUCAAACCUCAUCCCAGCUGACUGGUAUCAGAAAACACAGGGGUUGUGGCUGAGCCCCCUGUAUCCUAAGCUGCCAGAAGGUAGCCCCUUUCUUGCAGGUGAAUCACCCACCAACUUCAAAUCUGACUUAUUGGACUACCUCAGGUCAUACCGUGCACCCGAGCUCGAAGAGUGGAUCCAGCGUAUUGGCGAGCACGACUUGUCCCAGACCAGGGUUUACCUAGUUGGCUCUACGCCUGGGCGCUUUCUUGGAUCGGACAUGGAAAAAUGGGGGCACCUGAGGCUGAGGAAGCUGCUGAGUGAGAACACUCAACGGGUCCAGAAUGAGGAGGCUUGGCCGGUGGUAGCCCAAUUCUCCAGCAUUGGAUCUAUGGGGGUGGACAAAACCAAGUGGCUUGCGGCCGAGUUUCAGCACACCCUGACUACACUUGGCAAGGGCAAGAAGGUCUCCACCAGCCCAGAGAUUCCAAUGUACCUGGUGUAUCCAUCAGUGGAAAAUGUGAGGACUAGUUUGGAGGGUUACCCAGCUGGUGGUUCGCUACCCUAUAGCAUCCAGACAGCCCAAAGACAGCUCUGGCUCCAUUCAUACUUCCACUACUGGUCAGCAGAGGUUACAGGCAGGAGUCACGCUAUGCCUCACAUCAAAACAUACAUGAGAACUUCACCUGACUUCGCUGAGCUCUCCUGGUUCCUUGUCACAAGUGCCAACCUUUCCAAGGCUGCCUGGGGUGCCCUGGAGAAGAACAACACACAAAUGAUGGUGCGCUCCUAUGAACUGGGGGUCCUGUUCUUGCCUUCUGCAUUUGAUAUGAAAACAUUUAAAGUCCAAAAGAACCCAUUUCCUGCCACAGGAUCCUCCGCUUCUUUUCCCGUUCCCUUCGACCUUCCACCCCAGCCCUACAGAAAUAAAGAUCAGCCUUGGAUCUGGAACAUUCCCUACACUCAAGCUCCAGACACCCACGGGAAUGUGUGGGUCCCUUCGUGACAUAUGGCAGCCUUGCUUCUUUUACAUUGGACAUGGAAGACUGAGAGCAGAGUUGGACGUGUCUGAUGUCUCUGGUGCUCACCCAUAGCUGUAGCUGUCCUAGAGCAGUGAUAGUCAAGGUAGAGAUAGUCCUUUUGUAAGACAAGAAGUAAAUGUGCUUGUAGCAGUAGACAUUAUUAUGUACUUUUAUAUCCGCUAAAGUCCAAUCAUUCUAGAACUUUAGUUUCUUUAGUUUUUUAUUGCAUUGUAAUAAAGCUGUCAUUUGUCAUUGUUA